GGCCCAGGGGACCCCCAUGCCCAAGGGUGGCUGUGGUGGGGCAGGGGAGGGGGUCGUGGCCCGGGGAUCCCCAAGGUCACCGUGGUGUGGCAGGGGAGGGGGUCACGGCCCAGGGGCCACCCGUGCCCUCCCCAGGGCAGCCCCUGCAGAGGUUAAUCCUGCUCCCACGUGACGCCGGGUCCUGAUCUCAUAAGCGCCUUUGGACCCGGGGCCGGGGCAGCCAUGGCCACCCUGGUGCCCCGCACCGUCCUCGUCACCGGCUGCUCCUCCGGCAUCGGCCUGGCCCUCGCCGUCAGGUUGGCGCAGGACCCCCAGCAGCGCUACCAGGUCAUCGCCACCAUGCGGGACCUGCGGAAGAAGGAGAAAUUGGAAGAGGCGGCGGGAGCGGCGCUGGGAAAGACGCUGAGCAUCCAACGCCUGGACGUCUGCAGCGAUAGCUCGGUGGCGGAGUGCAUGGCGAGCAUCCCCGGGGGCCGCGUGGACGUGCUGGUGAAUAACGCCGGCGUGGGGCACGUGGGGCCCGUGGAGAGUAUCAGCGUGGAGGAGAUGAAGCGCAUCUUCGAGACCAACUUCUUCGGGGCCGUGAGGAUGAUCAAGGCUGUCCUCCCCGACAUGAAGCGACGGCAGAGCGGUCACAUCGUGGUCAUCAGCAGCGUCAUGGGGCUGCAGGGGAUCGUCUUCAACGACGUCUACGCCGCCUCCAAGUUCGCCGUGGAGGGAUUUUGCGAGAGCCUGGCCGUGCAGCUGCUGCAGUUCAACGUCUUCGUCUCCAUGGUGGAACCGGGCCCCGUGAACACGGAUUUUGAGCUGAAGCUGAUGGAGGAAGUUUCACGCUCCGAAUUUCCCGGCACCGACCCGGCUACUGUGCGGUAUUUCAAGGACGUCUACCUGCCGGCUUCCCACGAGAUCUUCACCACGCUGGGGCAGAGCCCCGCCGCCGUGGCCGAGGCCAUCGUGAACGUGAUCGGAGCCAGGCGCCCGGCUUUCCGCACCCAAACCAACCGCCUCUACACGCCCUUGGUGGCCCUCAAGUACGCGGAUCCCUCGGGGGACCUCUCCGUGAGGACCUACUACCGCCUGCUCUUCGACUACGGCACCCUCUUCCACCUCAGCAUGGGCGCCCUGCGGUGCCUCACCUGCGGCUGCUUCCGCCGGAGGGUCACCCCGGUCUGAGCCGGGGGCACCCCAAGGUUGCAGGGGAGGGGGCGGGCUCCGUCCCUGGAUGGUGGGGAAGGGGGCUACGGCUGCGGCUCUGUGCCCCCCCCACCCCCCGCCCCGGCAUCGCCCGCGGCGGGACGCACGGGUGGCACCGGCUGAACGCGGUCCCCCGGGGUGUCAGAGGCAGAGAUGGGGGGGCACUCCCAGCAGGAUGAGGUCCCAGUGGGGCUG